AUGACGAUGAUGAGUGAUCUUUCGCAGGAUUUGUUAGAGGAGAUAUUGUCUAGGGUUCCGAGAACUUCUCUAGGAGCAGUACGAUCCACUUGCAAACGGUGGAACACUUUAUUCAAAGAUCGAAUUCUAUGUAAAGCAGAAGAAACAAGGGAUCAGUUUCGGUUCAUAAUGAAGAAGUAUAAGCUUUGUUCAAUGAGGUUUGAUCUCAACGGAACCUUAAACGAAGAUGGAGGUACCGAAUUCGUGGAUCCAUCUAUAAAGGAGUUAGGUCAUUUUUUUAAUCAAGUCAAGAUAUCUAAAGUUUUUCAAUGCGACGGGUUAUUGUUGUGCGUGACCAAAGAGGACAACAUUAGGCUCGUGGUAUGGAAUCCUUAUUUGGGUCAAAUCAGGUGGAUCGAAUCCGGUAACACUAAUUACCGCCUAUUCGACAGGUAUGCUAUCGGAUACGACAAUAACCGUAAACACAAAAUCUUGAGGUUUCUGGAAUAUUACAACUUUAACAUGAAGCACAGAUUUCUUGAGUACGAAAUCUACGAUUUUAGCUCUAAUUCAUGGAGGGUUCUUGAUAUCGCUCCCCGUUGGGAAAUAGAGUCUUAUCAACGUGGAGCGUCUUUGAAAGGAAACACUUACUUUAUUGCCAAGGAAAAAAUAGAAUACGAAGAGGAUGGAGAGUUUCCAGAGCCGGCAGAUAAUUUACUCUGUUUUGAUUUUACGACGGAGAGCUUUGGACAGUUUCUUCCUCUGCCGUUUCAGCACUAUCUUUACGAUGUUGGAGCUCUCUCUUCUCUUGGAGAUGAGAAACUUGCGGCGUUAUUUCAGUGCGGGGAUACCGAUUUAUCAGAGGUGGAGAUUUGGGUUACAACUUUGACUGAGACCAAUACAGUGUCAUGGAAUCCUUUCUUAAAAGUUGAUAUGGAACCACACUACGGUCGUAGUUUUAUGUUUGACUAUUACGGUGGCAGUUUCUUCAUUGACGAGGAGAAGAAACUCGCUGUUGUUUUUCAGUUUGACGAAUCUGGAAUGACCCGCUACGAGGACGCAACUUACAUCAUUGGAGAGAAUGGCUACGUUAAAAAAGUGCGUCUUGGAGAAGCUCCUGCGAAUCAAGGAGGAUAUUGUUUCCCAUCUGUGUGUUUUAGCUCUUAUGUUCCAAGUUUAGUACAGAUCAACCAAAUUGUAGGAUUCAAAAAAGAAAGAGAAGAAGAGUAA